AAUGCUCACGCGGUCAGCAGAGAAACUUCUCCGUAUCACUCUCUUAGCAUCUUAACAGUGGGCUCCUAAAUUUGGUUGUGUGCGCUGUGCAGAGGUCAGAGGCACCCUGUGUGGGCAAAGUCGACUGCGCGUCCGUCUCUCUAGCUCUGAAACUACAAUCCCCAGAGGCCUCUGCGGUCACUUCGGCUACCCUCCUUCAAUGUGUACGGUUGACGUCAGAAGCACUUCCGGUCAGUGAGCCCGGCCCGUUAGGUUGGUUGACACUCGGGGAGGCUUCUCACUUCACGUCUUCUCCACACCUCUGCACCUCGUUACUUGACCUUUGCCUUUAGGAUCCGCAGCGUGUACCCGCGUUCCAAAGAGCACUCAGGAGACUGUCGGGGUCCGGCACGUCUGCCGGGGGACUACCGACCUGCGGGAGUCCCCAAGACCGCCAACAUAGAUGUCUCGUUCAACCUGAGAGAGAGAGUGCGCGGAAAAGAAAGAAUAUAGAAAAGUAGAGUCUGGAGGGCUGCGUGAAGAUUAUGGCCAAAACGCAGCAAAUUUAUUUUUUGAGUCAGCUUACGGCCCUGUCUCACUCGACAGCCCUCGAGGUGAGGAAAUGCAGUACAGGUCCAGCAGCCAAACUGAGGCAAGUCAACUGUCUCGAGCCUUUGGCGCGAACACCACAGGAGACCAGGAAAAUGGCCACAGAGCUCCUGAGAGCCAAAAAAGAGGCAUUCGUGGCAUUCAGGGAUGUGGCUGUGGACUUCACCCAGGAGGAGUGGAGGUUGUUGAGCCCUGCUCAGAGGACCCUGCACAGGGAGGUGAUGCUGGAAACCUAUAACCACCUGGUCUCACUGGAAAUUCCAUCUUCCAAACCAAAACUCAUUGUUCAACUGAAGCGAGGAGAAGAGCCCUGGAGAGAGGAGAGAAAAUGUUCUCUGGACCUCCGUCCUGGAUCAAAGCCGGAAAUUCAACUUUGUCUCUCCUGCCCUCUGAUAUUCUCCAGUCAGCAAGCUCUCAGCCAACACCUGUGGCUGAGUCAUCUCCCUCAGCUGUUUUCAAGUUUAUGUGCAGGAAAUCCUCUCGAGCAGGGAACACACUAUCCGGAAGAUCAGAAACAAGAGCAAGAUCCGUUCUGCUUGAGUGGCAGAGCAGAAUGGACUCAAGAGGGAGAAGACUCCAAAGUCCAGUUUGGGAGAGUAAGCGAAAGUGGCACUUCAAAGGCACUCUCCAGCCCACCUGAAGAACAGCCAGCAUGGUCCAAGGAAGACGACAUAGUGGUGGAUAUAGGGCCCAGCCCUGAACAGAAGGCCGACCUUGAGGAAACAGACAAAGGAUUGCAUGGCUUAGAAGUCUUAGGAUUUGGAGAAAUCAAAUAUGAAGAGUUUGGGCCAGGCUUUAUCAAGAAGUCAAACCUACUUAGCCUCCGGAAGACACAAACAGGGGAGACAGCUUACGUGUACACUGAGUGGGGACAGAGCUUUGGCAGUAUGUCAGUCCUCAUCGGAAACCCAAGGACACACUCUGGGGGAAAGCCCGUGUGUGGGGAAUGUGGGCGAGGCUUUACCUGGAAGUCAAACCUGAUCACACAUCAGAGGACACACUCAGGGGAGAAACCUUAUGUGUGCAAGGACUGUGGACGAGGCUUUUCUUGGAAGUCGAACCUCUUCACACAUCAGCGGACACGCUCAGGGCUCAAGCCUUAUGUGUGCAAAGAAUGUGGCCAGAGCUUUAGCCUGAAGUCAAACCUCAUCACCCACCAGAAGGCGCACACUGGGGAGAAGCCUUAUGUUUGCAGGGAAUGUGGGCAUGGCUUUCGCCAGCAUUCACACCUCAUCUGACACAGGAGGACGCAUUCAGGAGAGAAGCCUUACACUUGCAGGGAGUGUGAGCAAGGCUUUAGCCAGAAGUCACACCUCAUCAGACACUUAAGGACACACACAGGAGAGAAGCCUUAUGUAUGCACAGAAUGUUGGCGUCAGUUUAGCUGGAAAUCAAACCUUAAAACACACCAGAGGACCCACUCAGGGGUUAAACCUUAUGUCUUUCUGGAGUGUGGGCAAUGCUUUAGCCUGAAGUCAAACCUUAACAAACACCAGAGGUCACACACAGGGGAGAAGCCAUUUGUAUGUAUGGCGUGUGGGCGAGGCUUUACCCGGAGGUCAACCCUCAUCACACACCAGAGGACACACUCAGGGGAGAAGCCAUUUGUAUGCAGGGAGUGUGGACGAGGCUUUAAUGAUAAAUCCACCCUCAUCUCACACCAGAGGACACAUUCAGGGGAAAAGCCUUUUACGUGCAGGGAGUGUGGUAGGAGGUUUCGGCAGAAGCCUAACCUAUUUAGGCACAAGAGGGCACACUCAGGUGCCUUUGUGUGCAGGGGGUGUGGGCAAGCCUUUUGUGAUAAGUUAACUCUCAUUAACCACCACAGGGAACACUCAGGGGGGAAGCUUCAUGUGUGCAGGGAGUGUGGGCAAGGCUUUAGCCGGCAGUCAUACCUCAUUAGACACCAGAGGACACAUUCAGGAGAGAAGCCUUAUAUUUGCAGAAAAUGUGGGCGGGGCUUUAGUUGGAAGUCAAAUCUAAUCAGACAUCAGAGGACACACUCAGGAUAGAAACUUUAUGUGUACAGGAAUAUGGUAAAGCCUUUAGCCAGGAGUCAUACUUCAUCAGAUACCAGAGGACACAGCACUGUGGCUUCGUCAGUCAUUGCUGGGAUUGCAGGCGUGCACCACCAUGCCUGGCUAAUUUUUGUAUUUUUAGUAGAGACGGGGUUUCACCAUAUUGGCCAGGCUGACUUUGAACUCCUGACCUCAUGAUCCACUCACCUCAACCUCCCAAAGUGUUGGGAUUACAGGCGUGCACCACCAUGCCCAGCCGGAAGUAAUAACAUUUCUAAGAAAAGUUUCUGGGAGGAAAAACAAACUUGGAAAAUGAUAUGAAUAAACUUAUUUUCCAUCAAAUUUUAAAAA